AUGAAAUCUGUUUCACUUCGUUAUUCUUCUGCUUUUCAUCAAAAUAUGGAUAUCCACGACGACGAUUAUCAUCCAUCUAUCAAUACUAAGCGAAAAGCUCGGGAGUUCACUGUAAUGGAUGCUCCUCAGGCAGUAGUAGAUUGGUACAUGAUUGCUCUCGACAAGAAAGCUGCAAUCAAGAAAUCGACAGUCAAAGACCUUGCCUUAGGUCAUUUAUUGAAGACGGGAUGGGAAUUUUUCUUUGCUCAAAAGAAAAAUAGGCUGGAGUUGCGAUACAGAGCCCCAAACGGUAGGGUUUAUAAUUCACUUAGAAUGGCAUGCAAAGCCUAUAUGGAAGAACAAGGUGUUGUAGUUUCCGAUCACAUGGCUCAAGUGAACGAUCCACAACCAGAAAAAGAAACUCCGUCUGAGCAAGAAUUGGGAAACGAGAAACCGCAGCCAAGAAAGGCGGCCAAAGGCACUUCACCGCGGAACCCACCAACGACGGAUUUGUCAGUGCAUUACAAUGUAGCAUCGAAGCCGGAAAAACAAACUCCGCCAGAAAAAGAAACUCCGGCGUCCUCAUUUGAAAACCCUAAAGACGAAUAUGAACUCGUUACAUCACCAGUACUACCGUCUGAGCAAGAUCUGAGGAACGAGAAACCGCAGCCGUGGAAGGCGGUGAAGGGCAGUUCACGGCGGAAUCAACGAAUGGCUCUGUCAUAUUUAAUGGAUCAUAAGUUAAUUUCGCCUGGAGAUAGAGUCCAUUAUAAUGUGACGAGGGACGGUCGAUUAGUGACUUGGCGAGGAUCGAUUACAAAUGAAGGCUUUAUUAAAUGCGACUGUUGCUCUAAUCUGUUCCCCAUCAGUAAAUUUGAGGCUCAUACAGGUAGUACAAAGCAUAGGCCGGCGGCCAAUAUCUUUUUGGAAGAUGGGCGAUCCUUACUUGACUGUCAAAAGCAAUUGGUUCAAAAUAAUGAUCAAACUCAGAAGGAGACAAAAGCCACUGAGAAAAAGGUAAACCAUAAUGACAAUGCCGAUUCUGACACUCACUGCCCGGACAAAAACGACUGCAUCUGUUCCCUUUGUCAUUUUGGGGGUGAAUUGAUUUUGUGCGAUCUCUGUCCAGCUGCUUUUCAUGGAAGUUGCCUUGGUAUUAAAGGCAUCCCAUCUGGGAAUUGGUACUGCCCUUCAUGCUGCUGUAAAAUUUGUGGUCAAGUUUCAUAUGAUUUUGAUGAUCAGGUUUCUUCUUUUGAUACAUCUUUUGUUAAAUGUGUACAAUGUGAGCAAAACGUUCAUAUUGGUUGUGUAAAAAGCAUUCAAGUUCUUGAAGGUUCAAAUCAAAUAACCAUCGAUAGAGAAAACUGGUUUUGCACAAGAAGAUGUGAAGAUAUCCACAUGGGUUUACAGAACCUCUUAUGGAAACAAAUCCCAGUUGGGGAUGCUCGAGAAAACCUCACAUGGACAUUAAUGAAAUACUGUCCAUAUAAGGUGAGUGAACAUAACAGGAAGAAGCUGAACGAAGCUCUUGGUGUAAUGCACAAGAGUUUUCGUCCUGUGAAAGACCCCGUCACCAAAAACGACUUGAUUGAAGAUGUUUUCUUAAGCAAGAGAUCAGAAUCCAAAAGCUUGAACUUUGAAGGGUUUUACACAGUGGUUUUAGAGAGGAAAAACACGGUAGUCUCAGUAGCAACAGUGAGAGUAUAUGGAGAUGAAGUGGCUGAAAUUCCUUUAGUUGCUACACGUUUGAAAUACCGCAGACAUGGGAUGUGCCGUAGAUUGAUGGAGGAGCUGCAGCAUCAGCUUGUUGAAAUGGGAGUGAAGAGGCUGACAUUACCUGCUGUUCCUGAAGCCCUCAAGACAUGGACAAAAGGAUUUGGGUUCACCCAAAUGACAGAUUCUGAUAGAUUAGAGCUCAUUAAGUACACAUUCUUGGGAUUUCAGCAUACUGUGAGAUGCCAAAAGGAUUUAUUAGAGAAGAUAAGGGUCUCAAAUAAUAAAAAAUGGUGGCUUUGUUUAGACCAUGAGUUUUCUGAUAACAUGUGUUUAGAUGAUUGGAACUCGAUUUCAGAGGCCUUUUGA